GAAAAGUGCCCUUCAUUCAUGUAGGAAAUCAAGUAGUUUCAGAACUUGGACCCAUUGUCCAGUUUGUAAAAGCCAAGGGCCAUUCACUUAGUGAUGGGUUGGAUGAAGUCCAAAAAGCUGAGAUGAAAGCCUACAUGGAAUUAGUCAAUAAUAUGCUUUUGACAGCGGAGCUAUAUCUUCAGUGGUGUGAUGAUGCUACAGUCCAGGAGAUUACUCAUCCAAGAUAUGGUUCUCCUUAUCCUUGGCCUCUGAAUCGUAUUUUGGCCUAUCAGAAGCAAUGGGAGGUCCAGCGUAAAAUGAAGGCUGUUGGCUGGGGCAAUAAGUCACUUGAUCAG